GAGCAGGUGGUCUCGAGCAUCCACGGGUUGGUCGGCAAUGACAAGGCGCUGGGCCAGGCCGUGGAGGUUGCGUUCCAGCAGCUCUUCGCCAGCCGCCCUCCCCCGCCGACGUCUGUUGCCAAGGCCCCGUCGCUGGCGGCAGCAACGCGGCUCAAGGCGGCCUUCUUCAAGCAGGAACAGGUUGGCAAGAAGGUCGAACGUUGCUGCUGGGAGCUGGCGACGGCGAAGCACAGAGUCCAGGAGGUGCAGGCGCGCCUCGACGCCCUCGCGGAGGAGCGUCUCCAGGCGACGAUGGAGCACGAGGCGGCGGUCGCGGCUGUGGCGGGCAAGGGCGAUUCGUCCACGCACGUACUGCCCGAGCGCUUCGUCUUCAACCUGGACCCGUCCAUCUUCGCCGACAUGGGCGACGCCGGCGAGGACUACAUGGCUGCCGUGGAGGCGUUCCAGUCCGCCAGGCGCGCGUGGCUGAAGGAGCAGGAUAAGGCCUACAACACGCUCGCGGAGCGGGCCGAGCUGCGCGAGAGGGCGCGGCUAGAGAAGGAGGUCAAGUUCAUCCAGAGCCAAAAGGCGGUCACUCGCAUCCAGAGCGUGGACGCAGCGCGGCUCCCCCGCAUGCAGCAGGACCUCCUGGGCAGGGCGAAGCUCAGGCAGGCCGCCAGGAAGUGGAGCCUGGGCGCGGCCCAGUCGCCUGUGCCGCCCACCCCCGUGGCCUCGGAGGCCGACAGCGCGGGCGCCGACGCGGACAUGGGCUCCAAGGGGGCCAACGGCCCCGCUGCGGAGGCGCCCGUGCCCGAGACGCCCCCUGAGCGCAAGGCCCAACACCUCGCGCGCAUCGAGUUCGCGCGGGAGAAGGCCGCCAAGGACCAUGCUGAGCAGCUCGCGGCCAAGGCCAGCGCCGAGGUCCCACGGGAGGCGGCAUGGGCGUCGGUGCCGCUGUUCCAGGAGGUGAAGGCCCGGGGGCCUGCUCGUCUCGGGCCCAAGGGGCCCUCGGCUUUCUUUGCCAGAGCGGAGCGCCGGGAGACCCAGUCGGAGAGGUACUUCGGGGGGUAUUUUGACGACUGCGGUGUGAUGGCAGCUGUGGGGACUCAUCUCAACGAUGUGAAGCACAUGGAUGCAGCGCGCAACUUGUCACGUUCGGGCUGGCGGGCGCCCGGCGCAGCUGCGGAGAGCUCGGCGGAGUCGAGCGCGGGCGCGAGAGGGGGUGAGCUGAUCGCG